UCAAGAUCCUGAACCCGCCAAAACUAAGAUCUGGGAAGGCACUUGCUGCUGAAGCACACAAAAUGUGACAUGAGUGACAUCAUGGACUCCCUGAGGGUGUUGCCCAAAACUCAGAAUGACCUCAGCUCCUUUUUGGUGGACAUGUGGUUCCAGACCUGCUUGCUCCCAAGGGCAGGCCCAGACAGCCAGAGAAGACAGUAAUGGUGGAAGCUCUCCUCAAGGAAAAGAGAACGGUGGGAAUUCUUUCCAGGGAAAUUUUGACAAGGAGAACCUUCAUUAUGAACAUGGUGGUAAUGAGCAUUCACCUUCCCAUCUUCAGGAGGAUGAUGAAAACGUGGUGAUAAGGGAUGUCCACGAGGACCCCCAAGUAAGACACAACUCAUCUACCUUAAAACCCAACAAUAUUCAUAAGAAAUGGCAUAAUGAAUACCAAGAUAGUAUUACUCCAGAGAGAGAAAUGGAGAAGAAUAUGCAGGAUGGAGCCCUGGGGUGCUGGUUCAAGAUCACAAUUCCUCAUGGGGUAAAAUAUGACAAGACAUGGCUAAUGAACUCAAUCCAGAGCCAUUGCAGUGUCCCCUUCACCCCAGUUGAUUUCCACUAUGUCAAAAAUAGGGCCCGGUUCUUUGUCCAGGAUGCUGAUACUGCCUCCGCAUUGAAGGAUGUCAAACACAAAAUUUUCAAUGACGAAAAUCAAAAGAUAUCUAUCUUUGUCAGUCCUUCUGCUGUACCCUACUCUAUGCAAAAUAAGUUGAAACCAGAACAAAUGGAGCAGCUAAAGCUGACCAUUAACAAACGAUAUGAUGUCUCCCAGCAAGCUCUUGACCUCCAGAAGCUCCGCUUUGACCCAGACUUGGUGGGGCGUGAUAUGGACAUAAUCCUGAAUCGAAGAAACUGCAUGGCUGCCACCCUGCAGAUCAUUGAGAUGAAUUUCCCUGAGUUAUUGUCCUUGAACUUGCGCAACAACAAACUGCACCGGCUGGAUGGCCUGUCUCACAUUAUAGAGAAGGCUCCCAAAGUCAAGAUCCUGAACCUCUCCAAAAACGAGCUGAAGUCAACAUGGGAGUUGAGCAAGGUCAAAGGGCUGAAGCUGGAAGAGCUGUGGCUGGAAGGGAACCCCUUGUGCCGCACCUUCCCAGGCCAGUCCGCAUACAUAAGUGCCAUGCGGGAUCGUUUCCCAGAAUUGUUACGCCUGGAUGGCCAGGAGUUAACAUCUCUAACUAUAAUUGAUGCCGAAACCCCUGAGAUAAUAAAACCUUGUAAGGAAAGCUAUAAAGGAUCUGAGUCUUUGAAGAGUCUGGUACUUCAAUUCCUGCUUCAGUAUUACUUGAUCUAUGACUCUGGAGACCGACAGAGCCUCCUGGAUGCUUACCAUGAGAAGGCCUGCUUCUCCCUGACCAUUCCCUUCAACCUCAAGGACCCAGCUUCAAGCGGUUUGUGCGAGUACUUCAAGGAUAGCAGGAAUAUGAAGAAGGUCAAGGACCCUGACAUGCGGGUUCAGAUGCUAAAGCACACAAAACAUGAGAUUGUGGACUCUCUCAGUGUUUUGCCCAAAACUCAGCAUGACCUUAACUCCUAUGUGGUAGACCUGUGUGUCCAGACGGAAAAGAUGCUUUGCUUUUCUGUCAAUGGAAUGUUCAAGGAAGUGGAAGGACAGUCCCAGGGUUGUGUUCGUGCCUUCACCCGGAUCUUCAUCUUGAUUUCUGGCAGCGAUUCCAGUAUGUACAUUGUGAAUGAUGAACUGAUUGUGAGAAAUGCCAGCCCCAAAGAGACCCAGAGCGCCUUCUCCACCUCAGUGCCCACACCCUCCUCCAGCUCCAUGCCUACCCUCUCUCAGGAACAGAAGGAAAUAGUGCAGACUUCCUCCACUCAAUCUGAGAUGAACCUCACGGGGUCUCAGAAGUGCCUUCAGGAUGAGCAGAACUAUACCGAAGCUGAUCAGGACUUUGCUACACUUCAGAUUGAGGACAAGAUCCCAGAGGAGGCCUGCAAACAAAGCCCCUGAAAGGAGCCCUUGGAUAACAUCUUUGUCUUUAUCUACAUCACCUUUGCUUCUCUUUUCACCAGCCUAAGGCCACAACCAUGACUGGGGUUUUAGUCCUGGCUGACCAAGAGGCCAAAGUUAACUUGUAGGCCAGGUAACAUAACCACCCAAAGAGCCAGUUGUUCUGUGUAUGUUCCCCACUCCCAAUCACUGUUUGUUUUCCUAUUAAAGAGUCAUGUUGCAUGUUG